AUGGAAUCAUUUGACCUCACCGAAGAGCUACAGGCCAUCACCGACCUCCCCACUUACUCUUUCAACAACGAGGUCGACGUCUCCUCUCUCGACCACUCCGCCAUUGCUCAAGUCCUCGACCCCGCCGUCGACGCUCUUGCCCACUCCUCAGAAUCCAUCGUCGACCCUUCUGUUUUUGAUGCCUACCGUUCUCUGCUCAAGCACGCCUCUGCCCUCCAGGGCGUCCACAUGACCAAGAUACUUGACUCCCUGUCUUCCGCCUACCAGGCCGAGGUCGAAGCCACCUCCCGCGACAUCGACGUCGAAGACCAGCAGACCUUCAUGGCACAUAAGGUCCCACUAGAGAUUUAUGCCUUCCUCCUCCAUUGGUUUGUUAGCGUUGCCGAGAAAGUCAAGACCUCUGGCGAAGACGAUGCCCCCGCUCCCGCUCCUAAACCCAAGCGCGGACGUGGUGGAAAGCCUGCCACCUCUCGCUCUACAGCGCGUAAGGCUGCUGAGGAGUGGACUUGGAGCGUCCAAAUACCUGCAACACUUGCGCUCAUCAACAAAGUCCUCCGGUUGAAGACCCAGAAGAUCUGGCAGACGGCCGGAGAACGAGAGGCCUUCAUCAACUGCGUUCUCCGACCCGUAUAUCACAUCACCGAGAACGAGCAAUACAUGAAACAACAACAAAUCCGGUUCGGAGUCUACAAGGCCAUCUGUCUCGCCGUCAAGCACCACGCUCAUGGCCUCGCGGCCCAGAUCUCUAUCAUGCAGUCGCUCCAGUAUUACGAGCACCUGUCCGAGUACAUGGCUGAAUGUCUCGACGUCCUCGCGCGCGAAUUCGACCACUCUCAGAUGGGCGACGAGAUCCUCCGCGAGAUCGCCAACAAGAACUUCAGCGGCCAGGAUUCCAAGGGCCCGCGCGCCUUCUCGCGCUUUCUCAUCCGCUUCGCCGAACUCGCGCCCCGACAGGUCCUCAAGCAACUCAGUCUGCUGCUCUCGCAGCUCGAUUCGGAGUCCUACCCAAUGCGCAUGGCCCUCGUCGAGGUCAUCGGGUCCAUCAUCCACGAGCUUGCGGAGACCCCGGAGGACGAGUCGGAUUCGUCCAGCAAGUCCAAACACCUGAAGCAGAUCAACGGUCUCUACGAUCUCCUGAUCGAGCGCAUGAUGGACGUCUCGUCUUAUGUCCGCGUCAAAGUCCUCGCGACGCUCGCGAAGCUCUGCGACGGUAGCCACAAGUUCCCGCAGCAGCGUUUGGCGAUAACGCGCGCGGCCGUCGAGGCGCUGGAGGACAAGACUGCCAGCGUUCGUAAGUCCGCGGUGAGCUUGCUCGUCCGGCUCAUCUUGACGCAUCCCUAUGGGAUGUAUGGCGGAUUGCUGAGCGAGACCGAGUGGAAGGUUCAGUACAAAGAGGUGUCUGAUAUGCUCGAGAAGAUGGAGGGUAACUUGGGGAAGGCGGUCGAGCGCAACGAUGAAGAGGAGAGCCAAGCUGAGGAUGAGCAUGACGAAGAUGAAGACGACGAGGAAGGGGAGGACGGGGAAGAGGAUAAGAGGAAGAAGAAGCGGAAGGCGAAGCGCAAAGGCGAUGAAUCAAUGGAAGUCGAUGAGGAGGAAGAUGACGAUACAGAGGACGUAGAAGACGAUGAGGAUGUCCAGAUGCGCCACGGCUCCAAUGCCGAGUCCGACGCUCCGAAACCGCGCAAGAAGAGUAAGAAGAAGCCCCGAAAAUCGGAACUCGAUCUCAAUGCACUCGCAAACGAAGCGGCGGCGCUCGGCUCACUCAACGAGAACCAGCACCUCGAACAGAAGCUGCGGAAGAAGUAUUGCCUGGACGCACUCGAGUUCAUCCGCCAGGUCGAGGAGGGAAUGCAGACCAUCCAGCGUCUGCUCGCGUCGGCCAACAAGCUCGAGCAACUUGAAGCCAUCGAGUUCUUCCGCGUCACGUACGAGUACAAGUUCGAUGCAGCCCACGAAGGGAUCAAGAAGAUGCUCCAUCUCGUCUGGACCAAAGACAACAACGCCACUGGCGAGGACGGCAAGGAGGUCAAGAGCGUCCGCUCGCGAGUGCUUGAGUGCUAUCGCAACAUGUACUUUGAGCCAGUCGAUGGUCUGGACGCCAAGCAACAGACCAAUCGUAUCGCAAAGAACAUGAUUGAGAUGACCUACGACGCCACGCUCGCUGAGCUCACUAGUCUUGAGGAGAUGAUGCGACAGUACAUGGACGACAACUUCAUCCCUGAUGAGGUUGUCGCAAAGCUAUGGCAGGUGUAUAGUUCCGACAGGCCACUACCAAGGGCUCAACGAAGAGGGGCGGUGAUCAUCUUAGGUAUGCUCGCCCUCGCGAAGCGGCAGGUCGUCGCCGAUCGCGUCGAGACAUUGGUGAAAGUGGGACUUGGCGAACGUGGCAAGAACGAUCUGACUCUCGCUCGCUACACCUGUGUAGCUCUGCAGCGUCUCAAUGGAAGCGCCAAGAAAGUGAAGGGCUCGCUCCUCGACAAGACCCUUCGCCUUGACAUGGAGAACCCCCUAUUCCGGAAGCUUCAAGAUGCAAUUGAGCGUCCAUGCCGAUCGAAGGAAUGGUUCCCUAUGGCUGAACAAGCGAUCAAUACCAUCUACGCGCUUGGAGAACGUCCAGACCUUCUCUGCGGAAAGCUGAUUAAGAACCUCACGCGUCGCGCGUUUGGCCGCAAGUCCGCCACCUCGGCCAGCUCGCAGCAGGACCAGAACGUCAUGGACCAAGACGAAGAGGAUGUAGAUCCUGACGCUCCGCAUCAGGCGCAGUCGCAAAAAGACGACGCCAAGGACGCUGGUGACGCUUUUGAGCUCAGCCAGCUGUUCUUCAUCGUCGGCCAUGUUGCAAUCAAGCAGAUUGUCUUCCUUGAACUAGUCGAGCGCGAAUGGAAACGUCAGAAGCACGAGAAAGAGAUGGCCGAGAAGAUCGGUGGAGCGGCUGCAAAGUCUAAGGAGCAGGAGGAACUCGACCAGGUCGCCGGCAACGCCGAGGACGAGAUUGGUGAGCGGGUCCAAGGCAUGAGGGAGCAUGAGCUACUCUACGGCCCUCAGUCUCUCCUCGCCACCUUCGGCCCGAUGCUUGUCCAUAUCGUAGGCACUCCAAAGAAGUUCAAGAACCGGACCCUUCGCGCGACUGCAACGCUGGCGUUCAGCAAAUUCCUCUGUGUCAGUUCACAAUUCUGUGAACAGCACCAUCGAUUGUUGUUCAAAGUCCUGGAGACGUCGAAUGACCCGGGCAUCCGCAGCAACAUAGUCAUCGCUCUUGGCGACGUCGCCGUUUCAUACAGCAGCAUCAUCGACGAGAGCAACGAUGAGCUCUACCGGGGCCUUGGCGACUCAGAUAUGGUCGUCAAAAAGAACACGCUGAUGGUCUUGACGCAUCUGAUCCUCAACGGGAUGGUGAAGGUGAAGGGUCAAAUGGGCGAGAUGGCCAAGUGCGUCGAAGACGAGGACGAGCGAAUCUCGAACCUUGCGAAGCUGUUCUUCAAGGAGCUGUCGACAAAGGACAAUGCGAUCUACAACAAUCUGCCUGACGUCAUUAGUCACCUGUCGGUUGGUGCCCACGCUAUCGAUGAAGAAAAGUUCCAGAACACGAUGAAAUUUAUCUUCGGGUAUAUCGAGAAGGAGAGACAAGCCGAGAACAUUGUCGAGAAGCUUUGCCAGCGUUUUCGGCUUUCGGAGGACCCCCGUCAAUGGCGCGAUAUCGCGUACUGCUUGUCGCUGCUCCCAUUCAAGUCAGAUCGCUCCGUCAAGAAACUCGUCGAAGGCUUGCCCUUCUAUCGCGACAAACUCCACGAGGAGACAGUCUUUGCCAGAUUCCAGGAGAUACUGACCAAGGCACGACAAAACAAAUCCGCAAACAAACCGGAUGCGGAACUCAACGAGUUUGAAGGGAUCCUGGAAGAAAGCCGACGGCAAGGCGCCGAAGAUCAAGACUUUGAGAGAAACGUCCAGACCCAGAAGAACGUCGCAAAGAAGCGGGCAGCAAGACGAACACAACGGAAGAAACCAGCGGCGACUCAGCACGAUGACUCGGACUGAUUUCGGAUACGACCUCCCAUGUCCCUCGUAACGACGCUGGUAGCUCUCAUCGUGUGUAUGUAUGUUGCUUUGGAUUUGCAUUCCCUUGUAUUCCCCCUGUACAUCAGCAUAGGUAGUACAUUAUAUACUGUAAUAAAGUCAAUCGGGAUGGUGUGCAGAAAGCAAACGCUGGAAAAGAAAAACUCCUUGCAAAGCGAAGGUCCGAGAUGGAAGAGACUAAUGAGAGAAAGUAAACCAUAAGGAGAGUGGGCAGCACGGCCCGCAUAACGGGCGAGCUCAAGGUACCAUGAAAGACAUCGACAAUAGUAAUUAAGGAGAGUGGACGCGGGCAAGGACGACUGGCGGAAAUAUGACAACAUACCGACCUACGGAUACCAACUGAUGCAUGAUGCAGGUGGGGGAAGUAGCUGGGGGAAACGUAUAGUGGGGUAUGCGCGUAAUAGGAUAUGAUGACUGAAAGAUGACGCUAGAGUGCUACACGUGAGAAUUGCAGAUUGCGAGCGUGACCAGUCCAACGAUACUCUAAACACCGAACCGCUGCGACGACAAAUAUAGAAAGCCAAUGCACGAGAAAGAGAGGAGAAAGAGACACUAGAACAACGUUUACUCAGAUUUAAAGCGAGCGCCGCCCUCACCGCCGCGCAUGACCGCCUUCAUGAAGGCGAAAAAGCGGCCAGCGUAUUCGGCCGGAGGGACGGGGCUGAUCUUGUGCCUAUCGGCACUGAGCCCCUUCCAGAAGUGCUCAAGCUUUUUAAAGGCACUGUAUGGCGUGAGGAUGUCGAUGACGCCGAGGUAGUAUAUGACGUCCAUGUUCUCGUUCGCCUCAUCCGUUGCACGCAAGCCGCCCUCAUCCUGGUAGAAUAGGAAAUGCUGUCGCUCGCCGGUGUCUUCUUCAGGAAGGUUCAGCGCAGCCCCGAGCUGCUGUGGGUCCGCCUCGCGCAUGAUGCGGCGCAUCGCGAUCGCCUCCGGCGAUUGCGGUCCUUUGCUGACCGUCUUCUUUCGCGAUAUGAGGGGCAUAUCCGGCUACACCGCGUGUGCGUUGAGGGGAGGAGAUGCGGAUCGAAGUCGUAAUGACUCACCGAGAAGACUUUGAGCGUAUUCCUCCGGACGUUGUCCCGAUUCCCCCUCUGCAUUUCGUGGAUGCCCACAAGCAACGAGUAAUCCAUGACACCCAGCUCCUUCAACAGCUCCGAGUCUCUCCUCAGCUGCUCCGUCAGCAACGCCCGCUUCUCCGGACCUAGCUCCAACGUCUUCCCGCGCUUGAUCCAGUUGAGAUCCUUCAAGACGGCGCGCGGAUUCUUCGCAGCCUUCUCUUCGGGGUACUCGCGGCCAACGGUCGACCCCUUGAGGUCGUACGUCUCGUGGAUAUCCUUGUGCGCGGGGAAGAGGUUGUUCAUGAUGACGAAAUGAAUCUUGCGCCCGUGCGGGAGCUUGACGCGGUGGAGUCCGUAGAAGCGCGAGAUGAGCGUGUGCGGAUUACUCUUCACGUGCUCGUAAUACUUCUUUAGGAUCCUCCGCAAGUACUUGUGCUCGGAAUGAUGGAUCGUCUUGAUGAUGAAGCGGUAGUCACGAGAGAAGUAGAAGAACGAUCCGGACUUGCCGGGAGAACCAAGUUCGGAGAGGAUGUACUUCGCAGUUAGCGACAGGAGGUAGUCUGCGGGAUCGAGGUGGAAGUAGUCUUCACGUAGUUCGCGGAAUACCCAAGGCGCGUAAUCCUUGAACUUGAAGUCGUACUUGGCGGAGGGUGUCAGCUCGUUACCGACGAUAUCGAAAGAAUAUUUAUGCCGUGCCGUAUAAUCCUCAUCUGUAAGCGGUCUCCGUAUCUUUGCUUGACAUCGCGAUACUGCUAUCCGGAUGCCCGUCAGCAUAUUAUACAUCAACACAUAGUUGACGUGGUCCUCCCCAAUCAAGUUUCCCACCAACGGCCCAUCGCCCACCCUGCUCGCGAUGGUCGCACUCCGGGUCAGCGCCCGCUCUGCCUCCUGCUGCGCCUUGACGCGCUUCCUCUCCCUGCGAAUCUGCUCUGCCUGCUGCUCGAUGUCAUCGGCGAGUUCCCCAACAUCCUCGAACGCAGCCGGGUGGGCCGAGUGCAUCGUCGCCAUGCGUGCCACGCGUGGAGGAGAAGACUGCAGCGCAGAUGACGGAGCCCCGGCGCCGAUGGUAUUGCGCCUCGAGGGCCGGUGCGGGGUGGGAGGCUGGAGGUAACCAUCGACAGAGACGUGUGGACCCGCUCCGGAAGCGGAGCCGGCGCUGCGUGUGGGAAGGGACUUUGAGAGCGAGGGAGGGAUGAUGGAUGGUGGCUCGUCUGUAAGGGGCGUGUCCAGGGUGCUUUGUGCGUACGCAGACUGGGACGUGCGCAGCGAGGACCGCGUCUCAGCCGAGGAGCGGUGUCUUAGGCUGUGAGCGCCGAAUCGCGAGCGCUGCUCCCGAGACGAGGACGAUACGCGUUCGACAGCGAUGGGUUCCUCGAACGUCACUGGAGGGGACCGGGGCGACGCAUCAGGCUGGGAGGUGGAUGCUGAUGAAACAUUAGCGAGUCUACGCGAGGGUGGAACGUCGCCCUCGACACUAGAGGGAGGGGAGGGUGGGGGAGGACCAUAGCCAGAGUCGCCGCUGCCUUGGCGGUGGUCAUGAAAGGCGGGGACGUGUUGUGCGAGGACGGCGCCGACUUUGUGGAGGACGGGAUCCGGUACGAGGCCCUUUUCGAGCUUGACAGCGUCGUCUGUGACCUUGAGGAUGUGGACUUCCUGACUUGGUGUCUGCUUUCCA